AUGGGAUCCCUGUUUAAUGAACCAAGUACCGAUUUCCACUUAAAACUUAAUGAACAGUUGUUUCAAAUACCACAUGAACUGUUACGUGAGAAUGUGAGAUUAGUGCAAAAACUCAUCGAUAAAGAGACUCAAGGGUUGAAUGAAGAUUUCCAGGAAAUGAAUGCAUUGCUAGCUGAAAAUGAAUUAGACCAAGAUAAAGUAGCUCUAACCAAAUUAGGUGAGAUUAUUAAACGUGUUGAUUCAUUUGAAAAGAAAUUGAAUAAGAGGUUGAACGAAGAUUUACAACUAUUGAAUAGAAUCAGGACAAGGGUUUCAUUUUUUCAAGACUUAGAGGAUGCAAAGACAUUGGGAGAUCACUCUAAAUUGACCCAAUGGUAUCAAGACUAUACCAAUUUACUCAUUGGCGAUUAUUUGAUUAGAAACAGUAAAAUAAGGGGAAAGGAAUUGAGCGAGGGUAAAUAUGGUGGAGAUGAAGACGAUGACGAAAGGAAUUGGAAUCCAGGUGUUAUGUUCCUAAGACAACAACAUUUGGAACAGUUAAUAGAUUAUGAUAUCUUGUUAGCUGCGAACAGAAUCUCAAAAUCUUUAACUGAAGAACACGAUUUGUCGCCUUUAAUUGAAUGGAUAGGGGAGAACAAGAACUUUUUGAAGAGAAACUGCUCUAUAUUAGAAUUCGAAGUCAGAUUACAAGAAUAUGUGGAGUUUCUGAAGAAUGGCCAAUAUAAAAAUGCGAUUGAAUGUUUCCAAUGUUUUCUUUUACAAUUUAUGGAGACAAAUUUUGCAGAUCUGAAAUUAGCAUCAGGCCUACUGGUGUUUAUAAAGAGCUGUGAACCACCUUCACCGCCUUCAACGGAUGGUAUCAUAGAUCCUCAAAUCAUUGCUGGCGAUGAAUUUGCAAAGGACGGAAAUUUAGUACUAAAAUCUAAAGCCGAUGUACAUCGACAUUUCUUCCACAGAAAGGCGUUUAAGAGUGCAGAUACCCCUACAAUGUCCAAUGCUUUCAAGUUUAACAACUUAACGAAGAACAUGGACUUUGCUCGUUAUACGGAUUUACUGGAUGCUAAAAGAUGGACUGCAAUAAGCGAAUUGUUUCUCAAAGAGUACUACUCCAUGUAUGGUAUCUCUCAUUUGGAUCCCUUGCUCAUGUAUUUAUCGCUUGGGAUUUCUACCCUAAAGACCAAAGAGUGCUUACAUGAAAGGGAAUUCUCCAGUUCAGAUUUUCACAAAUUGGAUGGCUUCAUCCAUCAAGGAGUUCUACGUAAUACAUGCCCUGUGUGCAGUAGUGAAUUUGCUCCCAUAGCCAAGGAUUUGCCAUAUGCACAUCAUACUCAAUCAAAACUAUUUGAAAAUCCAAUUAUGUUACCUAAUGGUAACAUUUACGACAUGAAGAAACUCAAGACAUUAGCGGCAACUUUACUACGAGAAAACUUGUACCCUUUGAAAGAUAACGAAGUUCUGGACCCGAUAGAUAAACAAGUGUUCUCAGAAACCGAUUUUGUUACGAUGUACCCGACAUGA